UCUUGUCCUGCAGUCAAAAGUUUGGCUUCUUUGUGCUAAAUAUGUUUUUUUUUUCUAACUGAAGACGAAACUUGCCUUCUUCAGACCAACCCGGACUCUCGCGGCGGCGCCGGAAUGAAGUCUUCAUCAAGGGAACGCCAUUUUGAGUCGUAACAGUCACAUGACCACUGAGAUGGACACGGAGAAGGUGCCGGGGCGAGGCGAUGUCAUCGGCUUCCCGGGCGGAGCCGGAUGACAUACGCCAACCUGAGCGUCAUCAGUGGCCAAUGAUGUCACCCGUGCACCUUGAUGACGUCACCCAACUUUGAUGAUUCGGCUCACGCAGGAGGAGCGCGCCGUCGCAUGUUGGCUGAGAAGAAGACAUGUCCGCACCUUUUUGACCUCCGCACUCCACAGAUCCACAGAUGACACAGUCUGCCUUCUCUCCAUAUUCUUCAGGGUGUUCUUCCGAAGAGGAAACCCACGACCUGGAUGAGAUGGAAGGUUCCAUCGUGAAGAGCAACACCAGUUUCUACCACAUCCAGAAACUUUUGGAUCGAGGAACCAGCAGCCACGUCUUCAAAUGUCACAACUUGGGGUUGUCAAAGAACGUGGCCCUGAAAGUUCACAAAAACUACGCCUUAUUUGAAAAUGAGAUCGACAUGCAGGAGAUUGUGAGCGUGCUGGACCCGGAAAAGAAGAGCAUCGUGGAGUUCAUCGAGACGUUCACCUUCAACGGACACCCUUGUCUGGUCUUUGAGCUGCUGGACACCAGCUUGUUCAGCAUGGUCUACGACAAGCGCUGGAAGACCUUCUCACCCAACGACAUCCGACCGGUUGCCCAGCAGUUGCUGACGGCCUUCGAAGCCCUGAAGAGCAUCGGCGUGAUCCACACGGACCUGAAGUCGGACAACAUCAUGCUCGUGGACCACACCGUGCAGCCCUUCAGGGUCAAGCUCAUCGACUUUGGCUUGUCCAUCACCACCUCCGAAGCGCCGCUCAGUUUCGGCGUGGCCCUGCAGCCCAUGGGCAACAGAGCGCCCGAAGUCGCCCUGGGUCUUCCCUUCUCCGAGGCCAUCGACAUGUGGUCUCUGGGCUGCGUCCUGUCCUUCCUGUACCUCGGCAACUACCUCUUCUUGGCCAACUCCAACUACAACAUGCUGCGCAGCAUGAUCGAGGUGGUCGGUCGGAUUCCUGAUCAUCUCCUCAGCGCCAGCAAAAACACUCACAAAUAUUUCAAGAAGAACACCCGAGACAAUGACGGCGAUCACCCAAAAUGGCGACUGAUGACGGAGAAGGAGUACCAGGAUAAAACCGGCGUCCGUCCUGAGGGCUUACCGUGGACCUUCAAAUGUUUGGAGGACCUGAUGACACUUAAACCGCAUGUGAAUGAGUCCAUCGAGAUGGAGGACCGCAAGGCCUUUGUGGACCUCCUCAAGUGUCUUCUCCACAUGGACCCCGAGCAGAGGAUCACCCCCGAGGAGGCCCUCAAGCACCCCUUCCUGACCAUGAGCCACCUCUGUGAGCACAAGAACACCAGCCCUUAUGUGAUUGACAGCUAUGACAAGAUGAAGUUCUGUCCAGUCAAUGACUUCCAUAAGGAACAUAGCGGUCCUAAGCCCAAGCCGGAUCCGGUCGUCAGCCCCAAGAACUGGCGGCAAAAAUUCUGUCCUUUCUUGAGGACCAAAAAGACCGAUGAGCCUGUCCCGGACGGUUCUGCGCCUCACAUCAAGCUGAAGAUCAGGUGGCAGAAUCUCUGUCAGUUCUUCAGGACCAAGAGCAGACCCGAUCCGCUUGCACUCGAUGCCAACAGUUCUCCUGGUCUCAGUUCCCGUGGUCUCGGUCCACAGCUCCAGUCGAACAAAACGUGGUGCAAAAAAAUCUUUCACUUCUUCCGAAUGAACCAGAUCGGUCCAGAACCGGACCGCCGUCCUGUCCAUCAAAGUGUGAGCCCCGUGAAGGUCCACAAACCAGACGGGGACCACAAAUGUUGUGCCGCAAUCGAGUCGCCACAAGUUAACGCCGAGUCGUCACCAGAUAAAAAAGACGCAAAAAAAGGCGAGCCACAGCAAGCGAAAGACGAGUCGGCGGCCAUGAAAAAUAAGACCAAAGUCGACUUGAAGACAACUCGAGUGGCGGCUAAAAAUUGCAGGAACAUGACCUUUGACCUGGACUACCUCAACCAUCGCAGGAAAAAUGCCAAUCAAAAAACAAAAAAGUCAAACUCUUAGAGAAGAAGAACAUUUGACCUUCGACCUCAGCUACCUCUGCCAUCUUGCAACGAACGACCUUUGACCUCUCCUACCUCAUGAGAAGUUUGCACAAACGAACGGAACCGUUCUAGAAUGCUCUGUUGUUCAACCAAAGCAAGUUUACCUCAAAACACGGGUUCUAGAAUACACAAUGUAAUACCAGUGUAGAACCCUAUGGGAACUACUAUGAGUUCAGUAGUUCUGUAUUAUUAUUAUUAGUAUUGUUAUUAGUAUUAUUAUUAUAUAAUUUGACUUUGGUGCUGCUAGGUUGGUUCUGUACGGACUGUCUUGGUUCUAGUUAGCGUGGUCCUAUGCUGGUUGCUGUAUCCUCAAGGUUGUCCAAUGGUCCUAUGCUAGUUCUAAUUCCAGUCCUGGCAGGUGAUGAUGCAACACCCUGACACUGGGUUCUGUUUACUGACCUGAGAGCUCCUCCGAGAACCCGGCAGAACUUUGGUGUUGAACAAUCCACGGCUCACCCUCCUGGUCACAUGUCAUAAUAACUCACCAAUGAUUAAAAAGUAUGCAAAUCA